CGUGAUUUUGAUGAUUAUAACUUCCGCUUUACAACAUUGCCUAGGUUAUACUCUACCGAGGUGAUAAUUCGCAAUAAUGCGGGAAAUAAUUACCUUACAGCUCGGCCAGCAAAGCAAUUACCUAGCGAGCCAUUUUUGGAAUGCCCAGGAGUCUUACUUUACGUAUGGCGCGGAAGAGGAAUCGCCCAUCGAUCACGAUGUUCAUUUCAAGCCCGGUAUUGGGUCUGAUGGCACCGAGACCUUUAUGCCCCGGACCGUCAUUUACGACUUGAAAGGGGGAUUUGGUACACUAAGAAAAAUUAAUUCUUUGUAUGAAAUAGAUGGCGAUCCGUCUUCUAGUAGCUUAUGGUCUGGCCAAACCGUAAUACAGCGACAACAGCCUAUAGAGGCAAGCGCAUAUCAAGAGAGUCUCGAUGCUGGACAGGCACCUGCUGAACUCACUACAAACACAGUCAGAUACUGGUCUGACUUCAACCGUGUAUUUUAUCACCCAAAGUCCAUCAUCCAACUAAGCGAAUAUGAGCUCAACUCAACUGUCAUGCCUUUCGAGAAGUGGCACAUGGGAGAAGAGUUAUUUGCCUCCUUGGAUAAGGAACAUGACCUCUUAGACCGGGAUUUACGUCCUUUCGUUGAAGAGGCAGACCAAAUGCAAGGUCUCCAGAUUAUGACCGGCAUUGAUGAUGCCUGGGGAGGAUUUGUAGCGAAAUAUAUGGAGAGAUUGAGAGAUGAGUAUGGCAAAACCCCUACUUGGGUUUUUGGGUCGCAGGCGCCAUCCAGGGGAUUACCGCGGGAGAAGAGACUAUUGAAACUCGUCAACAAGGCUCGGACUCUGUCAGAACUCAAUUCGCAAGCUUCAUUAGUCAUUCCUCUUGCCUUACCAGAACGACCCUUGCCGUCAACUAUACAGUUGGAUUAUUCAUCAUCCUGGCAUGUAUCUGCGCUAUUCGCUGCGGCUUUGGAGAGUGUCACUCUUUACACCCGGCUAAGGACAUCUGACCGAAUUUAUUCGAGUAACCUCGGCAACAUGACGGAUCUCCUUAAUGUAUUUGGGAAGCAAACUAUUGCAAACUUGGAAAUGAGCAUUUUCGAGGCGCCCAAGCCUCAUCAGAAUGGCACAAAUGGCACAAAUGGGACUAGUGAUGAGACAAAUGGGUUGAAUGGAAGAGGUGAAAAUAUAGGCAGGCUGUUUGAGAACGGGAUAAACCUUGACGACGAGUCUGAGUCUGGUUCUCAAAAAGGGGCUGCGACUUUGGACAUCGACUUAUCAUCCCCUCAAGACCUUAACCUCGACACCAGUGGCAGGAGACGCAGAAAACGUCACAUUUUCAGCCAGGUUAUAGGUGAUAGAGGAUUGCAGAACCUGGAGCGAGCCAAUGAUGAUGGCAACCGAGAGCUGAGGGAAUACGGGAUGCGACGCCGGCCAAAAUUCCACAAUUAUCGAUCACGGGUCGCUUUCCCUAUACUCGACAGCUAUCCUAAGAUAUUCCGGGAUAGUUAUGGUCACCCCGUAAGAGAGAACGUAUCCGUCAAAACUGCCUUAUCCACAGACUCGACGGUCACGGAUAAAGUUAAGGCUAUACGUAAUACCGUCGUUCGCUCUAUUGGUCUAGAAGACCGCGAGACGAUAGGCAACGAACUUGCUGAGAUUGCCGAUAGUUAUAAAGAAGGCUGGUCUAGCGAUAGCGACGAUGACGAUGAUGACGAAUGAAAAGCUGGCUUCUGAAUUAAUGCCAAGAGUAUUACACAAUCUACGCCCCAGAUGUGCACAAAUACAAAGGCAUCUCGACU